AUGAUAGACCCCCACCACAUCGGCCUCGGCCUUGGCCGCAAGAGGGAAAAGGCCAAGCAGGUGCUCGGCCGCAAGGUCAGCGACAGCAGCUCCAAGGCGACCACCAAGCAGCAGCAGAGCACGCCGAGAUCGGCCAGCGCCUCCCAGUCCGACGUGCCACCUCUGCCCAUCUCGACGUGGGACGCCACCUCUUCGUUCGCCACCGGCAGCACCAGCACGAGCACCCGCACCCGCGCCCACCGCAAUCCGGAGCUCGAGUACUUCAAGCAGCAGAAUGCACUCAACAACGAGCUGACGCCACGCACCUCGGACUUCUUCAGCAAGCGCAGAACCUCGGUCUCGGGUCCUGCCACCUCCACCGGGGUUUCCACUCCCGGAGCAUCGAUGGGCACAUCGAUGCCGUCUUCUGCCCUCAAGCCUGGAACAUCACAGAAGGUCCGCUUCCAGGAAUCCGAGGACCUUCGGGGCGAGCCGCUGCCCGUCCGGCUCGGUCUCGCGCCACCCAGCCGCUCCUCAGACAAGGCGACGGCAGCGGCGUCCUCACCUUCCGGCGAAUACAAGGCCAAGGUGGGCCACGGCUACUACUUCUGUAUCCCGCCGCCCUCUGGUGCCGGCAGGAACGACGAAUCCUCGAACGGGACGACCGGACAGAGCGUGGCGCGGCAUCGCCCAGAGAGGCGGCGCGACACGGGUGCGUCCGAGGGCUCGACCCACUCUUCCUCGAGGUACUCGAUCGCAUCCGGUACCAAUUCUGCCACGACUGGGCCGAGCAGCGUGGCGCCCACGCUCGGCUCGCCUACAUUCACGCCAGACAGCCCAAUGAGCCUGCUCUCGGAUUGGAACGGCAGCGGAUUUGACGGUGGCCUGACAGGCAAGGGCCUCUCGCCCUCCACGGCCGAGUUCGGACGGUCGGGCAGCACAUCAUCUCACCCGCUUUCGGCGUCCCUGGCCCGGGCGUCCGGCCGCGCCUCGUCGACGCACAGCGGCAGCAGGUCGAUCUCGGGCGCCGCCCGAUCGCCAGAACCCUCGUGCUACGACCCCAGCGACUACUUUGUCACGCGCAAGGCCCACGUCGGCAAGGGCAAGGUGCACGAGUUCAAGCACCAUGCCUUUUCGCGGUCAAAGGUGCCUUACUGGUACGGCUACGACACCGAAUCGAUCGAGGCCGAGCUCGACGUCCAUCUCUGCACCUACCACGCCCUCAACGGCUCCCAUAUCCUGCGCCGGGUGCCGGACGACGCACGGCCCUCGCGCGUCCUCGAUCUCGGGUGCGGCGUUGGCAUCUGGUGCGUCGACAUGGCUCGCGAGUGGCCGCAGACCGAAUUUGUCGGGCUCGACGUCUGCCCCAUCCAGACGCCCAUGGCAACGAUGCGCAACCCGGACCUCGAGCAGCGUGUCACCUGGGUCGUUGCCAACUUCCUCGAAAGGCUGCCCUUCCCAGACAACUCGUUCGACUUCGUCCACAUGCGCUACCUCGGCGUCUCGAUCCCCGAGGACAAGUGGGCCGACAUCAUCGCCGAGGUGGAGCGUGUCUUGGCCCCGGGCGGAAAGGUCGAGAUCCUCGAGAACAAUUUCACCUUCUACGGGCGCAUCCACAUGGUCGAUGCCGAGGAGCUCUUCAAGCUGCAGCACGGCCGUCCUGCGGCCGCGGGAGGCGCUAGUGGGGGCGCCGCUAACAAGGCUAAGCUGCCACAGCCCGUAAAGAUGUCGACGCCCUUUGGGACCGAGUACGACGUCGACGCCAUCCAGGUCGUCGUGGAGCGCACCGUCAGUCGCCGUUUCAUCAACCCGAGCCCUCUCAGCGUCAUCCCCUCGAUGCUGCUCACCGAAGGCCUGACGGACGUCGCCAUUGGCAAUCCCCGGCACAUUCCGCUCCAUGCUGAGUCGUCGCGGCAGAGGGCCAUGGCGCGGGCGCGCAAGUCGGCCAGCAACUCGACCAGCCCCUCGUCGAGCGACAAUGACGAGAAAUGGAAGGAGAAGUACACGAGCCGCUCGCAGAUCGGCCAGCCGCUCAACUCGACGUUCCACAUCCCAGACAGCGACAUCUUCCGCGCGCUGGGCUUCCUGCAGAUUGCGAGGCGCAUCUCGGGCGCCCGGGAGCUGAUCUGGUCCGAGGCCGACGAGGAGAAGCAGCAGCUGCUCCGCGUCCAACCCUCGGCCUCGGUCAUCUCGCCCACCGAAAGGCUCGAGUGGGACGCGCAGAGGUCCUACAACCAGGGCCAUCCAGCCGCGCUGAAGCCGUUUGCACAUCCCUGGAAGACCAAGAUGGACUUUUACAAGGACCUCGACAUGUGGCUCGACGACAUGGUCCAGCGCGCCGACAUGGAAGGCCUGAUUGAAAAGCACCUCGGCUGGAACGCCGGCAGCGAGGAGCUCACGGUGCAGGGGCGGAAGCAGGCCGAGCGGCUCAAGAAGCUCAACGACGCCGCGGCGAUGCCCGUCGGACUCUCGGAAGAUAUCGCAGCCUUGGCCGCCGCAGGCUCCCUCGCCGAGGACCGCAGCGAGCCCGAUGCGCAGCUACAGCAAGGCUCCUCUUCCCAGCAGGAGCAGCCAACAUCAUCCGCGGUCGAGCAAGGGCGGCCGAGUGAAGGCGGCGGCGGCGACGACGACGCCACCUUGGGUCGAUCCAGCCCCCUGGGCUUCAGCGUCGCGACCAGCCAGCCCUAUCACGAAGCGCCCGGCCGCAUGCAGACGACGCGGUCCGGCGGCGGCGCCCGGCAUGGUGGCGCAGACGACGAGGACCAGGAGCUGCUGGAUGACUUGUCGCCGCACGUGGCCGCACGGUCCGGCGAUGCUCGAAGCCGAAAGGAGUCGUCCUCGCGCCCCACGGCCGAGGGCAAGCGGCGCAAGUCGGCGCGGCCCACGUCGAGCGGCGGCGUGGGCAUCGCAUUUGGCGGUGUGGCCCCACCGCGGCAAUUUGGUCGCCCUGGCAUGAUGGGCGAGGCCAACCUGUACGGCAACCUCUUCAUGGCCGGCGGGCAGUCGCGCAGCAUUCCCGUCACCGCCCCUGAACUGACCGUGGGUGGGACGCGGACGCCCUCGCAGCGAGCCGCGGCCGAGUUUGCAAAGAAAAAGGGCGGAUCGAGCGGAGGCGGUGCAUCGGUCCGCUCUGGCUCGUCGGCAUCGACGGGCAAGACGGCCAAGACUACCGACGACCGGUCGUUGCACGGGUCCGUCGGCAGCAGCAUCAAGAAGUCGCCAGCAGCGGCGGCGGAUAGGUCGCCGGACGUCGGUGCGGGCGGCGUAUCGGCCUCGUCGAUGAUCGCCAAGGACACCCGGGCGAUGAUGACGCUGUCGGAGCCGGCCGCUCUGCUCCUGAACACGGCGGGCGAGAUCAAGCUUCCCUCGUCGCCGGAUCCCGGCUCUGCAGCAGCGCCGACGGAGCCAUCCAAAAAGAUCACGGCGGCCAACGUAUUCAACAUCCCCCCCGCCUCGUCGCCACCGUCCCAGGCUGGCGACCGCCUCGCCGCCGGCUCAACGACGACAAGCGCCGGAGCGAGCCGAGGCGGUACCUCUGCACCCUCGUCGAGCCGCACCUCGCGCAACAGCUCCACCGUCACGCUCGUGGGCGAGGCACCGGUGCCUGCCUUUAGCCCCAUCUCCAAGACGACGUCGGGAGGACGGGCCGAUGGCGGCGAAAAGGGCGGCGCGAAGACGACGACGGCGGCGGCGGGGGCGGUCACCUCGUCGUGCAACCUGCUCUUACCGGCAUCCAAAUGA